AUGAGCAAAUCUACGCUCCAUUUCCUCCGACCGUACCUCAACCGCGGCAUCCAGUCCGCAGUCAAGCCCGACCUUGCUCGCGCCUACUGUGCCUUCCAGAGAAGGUUUGCGCAAACGAUAGCCGCCGAUGCCUACACCGGUCGGCACGAUGUCGAGAAGCAGAAGCGUUUCGAGCAACUGCGCAGAAUGAAGCCGCUGGGGGAGUACCAUCCCCGACUGGCACAUCACGCCAAUGGAGAACACAUGUCGCUUAAAGAGUUCUACACUCAAUACGAAGAACUGCCAGACAGUGUUAGUGAUCGAGUAUCAGUGUUCGGCAGAGUUCGAUCAGUGCGAAUGCUCGGCUCCAAGCUGAUGUUCCUCGAUAUCGAGCGUGACUCGCAGAGGCUGCAAAUCAUGAUUGAAGUGAAGAAGCUCGACAACUACGAUGCCGCUCUUGAAACUUUCAAGGCGUUCAAGAAAGUAGUUAGCCGUGGCGACUGGGUGUCCUUCCAUGGACAACCAAUACGGACGUCGACCGGUCAGCUCUCGCUUCUAGCGCUCCAAGUGCCCGACAUAGUUGCGCCCUGCCUACAUCAUCUUCCGGAAAAGGUCCAGAGUGCCGAGACGCUCGCUCGUAAUCCUCAUGUGCAUCAGCUCACAAAUCAGGAGCCUGGCGAUAUCCUCCGUCUCCGCGCAUUGAUUUACGAUUCUAUACGUCAAUCACUAAUACAAAGCGGGUUUCUAGAGGUGGAAACACCCAUAUUCGAUGUGAAUGCCGGAGGAGCCAUCGCUCGGCCAUUCCAGACAAUAGCGAACGAGCUUUCGAACACACCUGUUCGGCUCCGGAUAGCACCGGAGCUGAAUCUUAAGAGGCUCAUCGUGGGAGGACAAGAUAAGAUUUUUGAGAUCGGUCGAGCCUUCAGAAACGAAGGUGUCGAUAACACUCACAAUCCUGAGUUCUCCACAUGCGAAUUCUACGAGGUUGGGGCUACCCUGCCUUCCUUAAUCGACAGAACAGAGAAACUUGUUUGCGGUCUCAAUAGCGCUGUUGAAAUGCUUCGAUCCACCUAUUUCCCUUCGCUUGAGAAGCCCGAAGGCGUAGAUUUCAAAACCCCUUUCGCCCAACUGCCGUUCAUUCCGACGAUCGAGAAGGCUUGUGGGCGAACACUCCCUGAUCUCACAUCGUCUACAGCAGAUCAAGACCUCAUCGCUAUGUUCAAUGAACUGAGCAUCGUUGUACCACCGAAUCCCACUCUUCCCCGCCUACUCGAUACCCUCGCUGAACAAUACAUUGAACCCUUUUGCAUCAAACCUACUUUCAUCACACACCACCCUGAAGCCCUCUCGCCAUUGUCCAAGUCUUACGUCUGCCCUACGACCAAUCAGCGCAUCGCUUCGCGUGUUGAGCUCUUCAUCAACAGUCGCGAGUACGUCAACGCUUACGAAGAGGAGAAUUCGCCUUUCGAGCAGCGACGCAAGUUCAUGCAACAACUGGAUUUCCAUUCCGAAAUCGAGCAAGGCGGCAGGGAACUUGACGAGAGCUACCUGGAGGUUUUAGAGUGGGGCAUGCCACCUACAGGUGGCUGGGGAUGCGGCUUGGACCGCUUGGUCAUGCUGUUCGCGAACAAGAAGCGGAUCGCGGAUGUACUUCCGUUCGGGACAUUGAGGAAUGUGGUCAGCAUCGCGAAAAACAAAUGA